UAACACCACCAUCUCUCCCAAUAUAACACUUAGAAAAUGGUUGACCCAUUCUAAGAAAUCAUUAAUAGAGAUAAUGAAAAUAUAUUUCCACUAUUUCAGUUUCACCAACAUUGUCUGUAGAUGGCCAGGGGCAACUCAUGAUGCAUUCAUGCUGUCCAACAGUACAAUUGGUACCAAAUUAGAGCAGAAUCCUGUGGAUGGAUGGUUGCUUGGUGACUCUGGGUAUGCCUGUCGACCAUGGCUCCUCACGCCUCUUUCAAACCCACAAACACCACCAGAGGAAAAAUAUAACCGUGCCCACUGCAGAACCAGAAACACCGUUGAGAGGGCUUUCGGGGUGUUGAAGUCUAGAUUCCGUUGUCUGGGGAAAACUACAGGGUGUUUGAUGUUUACCAGCAAGAGAUGCCACCAAGUAGUGUAUGCUGCAGCCCAGCUGCACAAUAUGUGCCUUGACAUGAACAUACCACUGCCACCUUCCCAGGCUGAUGAAGUUGCCAGUGAUGACACAGUAUAUCAUGGACCUAUUUGUGAUGGGUUUCAAACUAGGCGUGGUGUAAUCCGCCAAUUGUUCUCAAGACAGUGAACAAUACUGAA